AUGGUGACCAGCAGAACAGCAGGGACAAGCGUUGCACUGUGGAACCUCUGGAGAGAAGAAGAUUCAGUCGUGAACUUCGAAUACCGACACCUCAGGAUGUGCUGGUCGAUCUUGAAAGUGAUGUGUUUGGUGCUGUCAGUGCUGAUGGUGAACUGGACAACAGGGAGAGCCAGAAAGAUCCAAACAGUUCCAUUACAUUUGGAUUUAGAUUCUUUGGCCCCGUCAGCAAACUCCAGGCCUCUGCACAAGGACUCCAUAUCGCCGUGGACGUACAAUACGACCUUUGACCCCUCCGUCUACCCUCCCACACUUUCGGAGGCCCGCUGCACGUUCCGUGGUUGCCUGAACUCUGAUGGUUCAGAGGACAGGAACCUGGAGUCCAAACCCAUCAUGCACCAGGUCCUCGUACUGCGGCGAGUCCACUCAUCUAACCGCAGUCAAACCUACCACUACCGCCUGGAGUCCCGCCUGCUCGCCAUCGGCUGCACUUGUGUCCGACCCAUCGUGCGCACACAGCAAUGACUAAAUAUAGAAAUGGAAUACUGAAGAUAGUGAUGCAGGGAUUAAAUAAAAAAAAAUGUAUGUGGCUAUUUAUGAAUUGAGAAAAAAAAAAACAUUGUGUUUGCAUAGAUAUUGU